UACCAACCUCAAUCAACAACCUUCCACACAUAUACACACACACUCCGCAUCAAUUUGUAUAACAUCGACUCAUCCUCAACAAACACCAUGUCUGCUCUUCCUCCCAACUCUCCUUUCGGCGGUCUGCCAUCCUCCCCAAGGGCCUUCCGUCAAACACUCGACCCCAUCAACACCUCUCUCCGACCAGCAACAUCUGGCAACCCAUCUCCCUACACCGACUCAGCUUCCGAGAAGCAAAGUCCCCAAAGCUUCAUCGACAACCGCCAACGCAACCGCGAUUCUCUCAUCUUCGCCAACGCAACCAUCCCUCUGAGCCCCAAUGCAUCCCCAAUCAUGGAGUACAAGGAGCAGCCCUUUGACGGGCUCGCACCACGCCCUCGCAACGGCCUAGCGCGACUUUUCUGCUGCUUCGGACGCGAGGAGCGCGCUCGCCGACGUGCUAUGCGGUUUGCGGAGUACGAAAAGGUCGGCGAGAAGUGCCACUGGACUGAAUUGUAA